GAUGGUUAAGAAUAAACAGAGAAAAUGAUUGAUAAUCUUUGAUAAUCAUUAAAAGACAUUAAUCAAUUAUUCUUCAAACGAACAUACCGGCGCGAAUUUGACAGAUUGCGAAUUGUGUUAUUAGAUUCUUUAUCUCUCUCUUUCUUUAACAUAACCUUACAUUUGUCUCCUCUUUCUCUCUCUUUCUUGUUCUUUUACAUAACCAUCCAUCGAUCUCCCAUCUCUUUCUAUCAACUUUCCUAACAUAGGAGAGAUGAGGAUAACCUUCAAUGGAGAAAACGCAAGUAUUUUCGAAGAAUCGAUCAACGACAACUUACUGUGAAAUGGUCUGCCCAUCGGCAGAGGAAUUGAGUGUUAUUAAAAAUAGCAUAUGUUGCGAACAAUGUGGUUUAUUGUUUCGAAACGAGCCACGAUAUCGUUUGCACGAUUUAAAGGUACAUCAAAGAAAAAAAUUAGGAAAAAUAACAAAGGAAAAUGUUCGUUAUCAUUGCCCGGUAGAAACUUGUGUUUAUGCACCAGAUUCAGAAAGAUACUUUACUACGAUGAAAUAUCUCAAACAGCAUUAUUUGAAAGUACACGCUGAAAAAACAUUCGCUUGUACAAGUUGUGCUAAAAGUUUUUCCACCGAAGCUGCUAAGGAAGGACACAUGAGGAUAUGUGGUAUUGAAUUUUCUUGUUAUUGUUCCAAGACUUAUAGCACUUAUGAGGCACUCCUUACUCAUGCUAAAAGAUCAUUGCAUACUAUAGAUAAUAAAUAUAAAAGUUCUUUAAGGCGGACUAACUCAAAGAUCACUCGUGCUAUUCCUUUAUCUCCUACCGUUGUAUCUACGAUAAACAAACCGGUUAAUAUUUUACCAAGUCAUAAUAAUAACGAAGCAAAUAAUUGUAAUGUUAAUGUUACUGAAAAAACUACCGUCGAUAUUGGUGUACAAACUGAUGACUGUAAAAAGUAUAGAAGAGCAUCGAGUCCAUUGAAACAAGUCUCCAAUGGUAAUGGAACCACUGGAAAACGAAGAGUAUCUAGACAAACGCAAACAAUUGGAUUACAAGGUGAAAAGCAUGGUGUUACAUCAAUGGAGACUCAAACUCCGAAUACUAAAUUUAUCGGAAAGGAACCAUUUAAAGUUAGAAAACGUAGGAAGAGUAAUUCGAUAGUAAAAAAGUCAGAAUCAUCGUUGUUAAAAGAAGAUAUCAAUUUAGAAGAUAAUUUUACAUCCUCCAAUCUAUUUCCUGCUAGUCCAUUGACGUUAAGACACGACGUAGGUUUACAAGACUUUUGGGAAGAGAAAAAUAAUUCUGGUACACAAACAAUAUCUAAAAAGGAUAUGUUUGAGGCAUUGCAUGACAAUGUUUCUCAAACAGAUUUAGAAACAUUUUACAGUCAUAGUAACAGUUCAUUGAUACAGUGUUUACCUAAAAGUACCGUAGCAUUAAUGACGUUACCUUAUACAGAAGAUUCAACUGUUGUUAAUAACGAAGAAUAUCCAUUUUCUUCGACUAAUAAUAUAUCUAGGUCAGAUCCGAUGUUAACAGAAAAAACUUUUCAUGACAAAUUCAGUAGUAUAGAAACACAAACGGAACAAGGAUAUUCACAAACAUUUUUUGACUCCGAUGCAUUAUCCAGAACAUUUGCUUUGAGUUCUACCAUUGAAACUCAAACAACGGAUAAUUUUGAUAAUAUGGAACAAUUGUUUUACAAUAAUACUUACACACAAACAACGGAUGAAAUGAUAUCGCCUGAUUUAGUAUUAACCAAUAUUCAAACUCAAACUGCUUGGACACAAUUGGACGAUACAACAGUUUCUGCCGAAACUCAAACUAAAUCGUUAAUUUGUGAAACUGGUUGCAAUAUUUCAAUGGGUGCUGCUUGUCGUUCAUGGUUAAAUGCACAAAUGAGUCAUACUGAAACUCAAACUGAUCUGUUUAGCAUAUUUGAAGGUCUUCAGUAAUAGAAAAAAUAUAUUAUAUGU